CCUCGGCCAUAAUUCCGUAUCUGACGCUAUCGGAGCAAUGUUGGGUUUAUUUUAUGCCAUUUAGGUGCCGCUCUCAGGCCCCUCGUUUCGAGCGCUGGAGGUGAGCCCUCCUGGGCGGUGUCGGCAGCAUUUUGCCAACACUUCCAUUGUAUUCGUGUUCUGUGCCGAAAAGUGAGUGUGUCCCUCCGCAAUCGCCGUAGGGCUUGCAGCGCGUGCGCGUUCCGUCCGGAGAAGCUGGUAUGUCCUUCCGCACUUGCUGUAGGUUCCCGGCUCCCCCGACGUUGCCACCGCCUUUGUGAAGAGGCGAAAACAGAGCUUGGUGCGGAGUCUCCGAGCGGCGGUUUAAGCGGAGAGAGGCCCCGCUGUCAGGGUUCCAGCCAUGUCUGACAAAAGUGAAUUAAAGGCAGAGUUAGAGCGCAAAAAGCAACGCUUGGCGCAAAUCAGAGAGGAGAAGAAAAGAAAGGAGGAAGAAAGAAAGAAAAAGGAAACUGAUCAGAAGAAGGAAGCUCUUCCUGUACAAGAAGAGUCUGACCUUGAAAAGAAAAGAAGAGAAGCUGAAGCAUUGCUUCAAAGCAUGGGAUUAACACCAGAUUCUCCAAUAGCUGUGCAACCUCUACGAGUAGUAACAGCGGAUACCUGUCUGUUUCACUAUUUAGUCCCUCCUCCUAUGUCUCCAUCUUCCAAAUCUGUGAGUACUCCAAGUGAGGCUGGAAGCCAAGAUUCUGGUGAUGGUGCCGUUGGAUCUAGGACGCUGCAUUGGGAUACUGAUCCAUCAGUUCUUCAGCUCCACUCUGAUUCCGAUCUUGGACGUGGGCCUGUUAAACUUGGAAUGGCUAAAAUUACACAAGUUGACUUUCCUCCUCGAGAAAUUGUUACAUACACAAAGGAGACUCAAACACCAGUUAUGACUCAACCAAAGGAAGAUGAUGAAGAUGAUGAUGAUGUGGUAGUUCCAAAGCCAUCAAUUGAACCUGAAGAAGAAAAAACAUUGAAAAAUGAUGAAGAGGAGGAAGCUGCCCCUCAUGAGCUUACAGAAGAGGAAAAACAGCAAAUUUUGCACUCUGAAGAGUUUUUAAGUUUCUUUGACCAUUCUACAAGGAUCGUGGAAAGAGCUCUUUCUGAGCAGAUUAACAUUUUCUUUGACUACAGUGGAAGAGAUUUGGAAGACAAAGAAGGAGAGAUUCAAGCAGGCGCUAAACUGUCUUUAAAUAGACAGUUUUUUGAUGAACGCUGGUCAAAGCAUCGUGUUGUUAGUUGUUUGGACUGGUCAUCUCAGUAUCCAGAAUUGCUUGUAGCCUCCUACAACAACAACGAAGAUGCCCCUCAUGAGCCUGAUGGUGUGGCUCUUGUGUGGAAUAUGAAAUACAAGAAAACUACCCCAGAGUAUGUCUUUCACUGUCAGUCAGCAGUGAUGUCAGCUACAUUUGCAAAAUUUCAUCCAAAUCUGGUAGUUGGUGGCACAUAUUCAGGCCAAAUUGUGCUAUGGGAUAAUCGCAGCAAUAAAAGAACCCCAGUGCAGAGAACUCCACUUUCAGCUGCUGCUCACACGCACCCUGUGUACUGUGUAAAUGUGGUUGGGACCCAAAAUGCUCAUAAUUUGAUUAGCAUCUCAACUGAUGGAAAGAUAUGCUCGUGGAGUCUGGACAUGCUUUCCCAACCGCAGGAUAGUAUGGAGUUGAUUCAUAAGCAGUCCAAGGCUGUAGCUGUCACGUGCAUGUCCUUUCCUGUUGGAGAUGUCAAUAACUUCGUCGUUGGAAGUGAGGAAGGCUCUGUGUACACAGCAUGCCGCCAUGGCAGCAAAGCGGGAAUCAGUGAGAUGUUUGAAGGACACCAAGGACCAAUCACAGGUAUCCAUUGCCAUGCAGCAGUUGGACCUGUAGACUUCUCUCAUCUUUUUGUCACCUCAUCAUUUGACUGGACAGUAAAGCUUUGGACAACUAAGAAUAACAAGCCUCUCUACUCAUUUGAAGACAACUCAGACUAUGUUUAUGAUGUGAUGUGGUCUCCCACUCACCCUGCCCUGUUUGCUUGUGUGGAUGGAAUGGGUAGGCUUGAUCUGUGGAAUCUCAACAACGAUACUGAGGUGCCAACUGCAAGCAUUACUGUGGAGGGUAAUCCUGCUCUUAAUCGUGUGAGAUGGACACAUUCUGGGCGAGAGAUUGCUGUAGGUGAUUCAGAAGGACAAAUAGUUAUAUAUGACGUGGGAGAGCAAAUUGCUGUUCCCCGCAAUGAUGAAUGGACACGUUUUGGUCGAACACUAGCAGAAAUUAAUGCAAACAGAGCUGAUGCAGAGGAGGAAGCUGCAAGCCGCAUACCUGCCUAAAUCUUUCAAAAUGGGUUAUAGUAGUGGAUUUGGGAAUGACUUAUGUAAGUUUUCAGAGUAAUAGCAUGCUUCAGUCUAACUGAUAACCUGAGGAGAAAUAUGUGGAAUAAACUGUGGAUUUUGAAAAUGUAUAAAAUCACUGAAAAUUAAGUCUUGCAAUGUCACUCAUAUAUAAUUACAAGCACAUUAUUGAAUUUGUUUAAUAUUUAAUACAGCUGCCCUGACUUAGCAAGAAACAUGUUUUGCUGAAACACUAACCUAGAUGUAUAUUAGCUGUAAUGCUAUUGAAUUUUUCAACUAACAGUAUGUAACUAUUUCUGAGGGAUAAACACAAGUUCCAUUUCUCACUCAGAACUUCCUGUAUUGCACUGGCUAACUUUCAUUAGGUAGUUAAUCUCUGAAGGUUUGUUAAUAUUAGGAUAUUAGAACUGCCCACGGAAGUGCAUGCAUCUGUUCAAAGUAAACCUUCAUCCUGUUUUUUUACUUGCUCUUUUUUAAUAAAUAAGUAAGGCUAGGGUAGUAGGUUAUGUAUACGAAUAAAAUCAUUAGUCUGUAAUAAACUUUAUUUGGUCACUGAACCUGA